AUGAGUGAAUAACUUAAAAACAAUUCUUAUGGUUAUUUAAUGCUUGAAUUUUCCAAUUUUCACGGUUUGACAGCUUAAAAAUUAUAUAAUGAAGAAAUAGACAUUCCAAGAGUAGUAAAAUAACCAAAAAGAAAGCAUAUAACCUCAGUCCUUGAUGGAAUUUAAACGUAAGAAAAUCAGUUAAGGGAGGAAGCAGUGAUUAAUUGGGUUAAGAUAAUAUUCAAGAGGUUAGUUUAGAUGAGGAUUAUUCAUGAAAUUUUAAUUAUUCCGCUUCUGGUUUUAAUUUAUUGAAU